AUGACAUUCUUCGUUAGAGGCACUUACCCUCACAAUCUAUCUUCAACUGCCAUGGCAAUGUCCUCAAGCUUUUGCCCUCGCCUUCCAGUCCAAUUCGGAACAAAACCCAUUUUCCAUAUCCCCACGAAACCUUCAUUCUCUCUGUCUUUCAAGGCUCUCUCUGUUCAAGCAUCCUAUGGAUCGUCUGGUAAAGAAGAGCUGCGUGUUGGCUUCCUUGGUCUUGGUAUCAUGGGGGCACCAAUGGCACAGAAUCUUAUAAAAUCUGGCUGUGAUGUGACUGUUUGGAAUAGGACCAAGAGCAAAUGUGAGCCUCUCAUUAAUUUGGGUGCAAAAUACCAGUCUUCUCCGCAGGAAGUGGCAGCGUCUUGCGAUGUCACAUUUGCAAUGCUUGCUGAUCCUAACAGUGCACUGGAUGUUGCUUUCGGGGAAAAUGGAGCUGCAAAUGGAAUGGCUCCAGGAAAAGGGUAUGUGGAUGUUUCAACGGUUGAUGAUACUACUUCCAAGUUGAUCAGUGCACGUAUAAAAGAUACCGGAGCUUCGUUUUUGGAGGCUCCUGUUUCGGGUUCCAAAAAGCCAGCAGAAGAUGGACAGCUGAUAUUUCUUACUGCAGGUGACAAAUCUCUCUAUGAAACUGUUGCUCCAUUUUUGGACAUCAUGGGGAAGUCGAGAUUUUAUCUUGGCGAUGUCGGAAAUGGAGCUGCCAUGAAACUAGUUGUCAACAUGAUCAUGGGAAGCAUGAUGGCAGCUUUUUCCGAAGGACUGCUUCUUAGCGAAAAAGUAGGACUCGACCCAAAUGUUGUCGUUGAGGUAGUUUCUCAGGGUGCCAUUAAUGCACCAAUGUACAAAAUGAAAGGACCAUCAAUGAUCAAAUCCCAGUACCCCACUGCCUUUCCCUUGAAACAUCAGCAGAAGGAUCUAAGGCUUGCUCUGAGUUUGGCAGAAUCAGUAUCUCAAUCCACUCCCAUUGCAGCUGCAGCAAAUGAAUUGUACAAGGUAGCCAAAUCUCAUGGACUUAGCGAUCAGGAUUUUUCAGCUGUCAUUGAAGCUUUAAAAGCAAAGUUGCAGCAGUGAUUACAAUAACUAUCACUUCAACUUCUUUUCUCUUCAAUUGUAUUUGUAAAA